GACAUGGUAAGGAGUCAGCAUAGCAAAGGAGACCCCAGUUUGGGGAGGUAAGGUCUUUCUGAUGUUGUUUGCUCAACUCUAAAGGCAGCUUAGAUGGGUAUUUUUCCCAAUCCAGAGAAUUGUGUUUUCAUGUGAAAUGACUGUUCAGGGCCUAGGGUGCCAUUUUCAGAUCCCUCCUUAAUAUUCCUGAGGAACUUAAGGAAAUUUUAGUGCUCUUUGAAAUACAGUUUAAAAAUCAGACUUUGGUAGUCUCAGAUUUCUAGCAGGUGUUGAGAUUCUAUUUCUUGUUUCUCAGUGUGUACCAGUCAUAUUGCUUUUCCCUACUUGUCAGAACAAUACUACAGAUAAUGCUAUGUUCACACUGGCUUGCCUUUAAAGACUCCGUAUCUUAGGCUGAGGAAAAAGGAUUUCAGCCACACAUGUCCUCUGUUGGUCUAUGAGUCAUUAGAGGAAUUCCCCAGUAAGGUAGCAUUCCUGAGAGUUGGGCUAGGCCACAAGACAGGAUCAGAAAGGGACAGAGUCUGAGCAAGCCAGGCCAAGGGCUCAGUUUUGGGGCUUAAAAGUACCUUGACUGUAUUACCCACAGGUGAUGGAGGACGAGGAGAAUGCAGUGGAAGUCUUGGUGAGCAACACGGAAGCUGCUCAUUCUCCAUCCCCCAUUCGCUGCUGCUGGCUCCGCCUCCGCUACUUGGCAGCUACUAGCAUUAUCUGUGGCUGCUCUUGCCUGGGAGUCAUGGCCCUUGUGUUUGCCAUCAAGGCGGAAGAGCGGCAUAAGGCAGGCCAGUCCGAGGAAGCCGUGCACUGGGGGGCCCGGGCCCGGAGGUUCAUCCUGGCCAGCUUUGCCGUCUGGCUUGCCAUCCUCAUUAUGGGCCCCCUGCUUCUGUGGCUGCUCUCUUACGCCAUCGCUCAAGCUGAGUGACUCUGGGUGGCCUCUGCUGAGAGUCAGCCAGGACCUCCUGGAUCCUGCAAUGUGACAUUGCUGGAGUCCAGUGCCAGCAAUGGUCCUUCCUGGCUGGAGGAUGGUGCCUCUCUCAAAGGGCUUUGGAAGAGCUCUUCUAGCCCUUCAUAAAAGGAGGCAGCAACUGAGACCAAUGAGGGGAGGUCAGCCUGUUCUGUUCUUUCAGUGUUCAUCAUUUCCUGUUCCCCCUCAACUUACCUCAUCCUAGCUGCCUCUACCCAGAGGUGGGGUUGAAGACCAGGCCUGAUUUUAUUAGAAUUUGUUUUGUAAUAAAAACCUUUUUAGUGGUGAAAUGCUGCUGCUGUCUACUUGUUCUUCCCUUACUUUUCCCUGGACCUUGGUGAGACCCAGAGUGUACAUCUGACUGAUGGUAGAAGUCUGCAUUUUCCCUCACCUAGUUGCUCCAUGAGAAGGAAAGAUUUUUUUGUCUUCUGGAAGUAUCUCUUUUUAGAAAGAUUCCAGCUUCUCCCUUACACCUGAACAGAGACCCUGAGGCCAGAGAACAAGAGUAGCAGCAACAGCUACUAUUUAUUGAGUGUUUGAUAUAUCCCAGGCUGUGUUCUAAACACUUUAUAUUUUUUUAAUUCCUUCAGUUCUCACAGUCACUCAAUAAAUACCAUUGUUCUCAUUUUAUAGUUGAGGAAACAGGCACAGAUUAUAAGGUCACACAGCUAGCAAGAGGCAGAGCUGGGAUUGAACCCAGACAGUUUGGUUCCAGAGUUGAGAGAGGAGUGAAAGGAUUAGAUAUAGCAACCAUUACCCUCUAUAUGGAGAUGUCUAUGAUUAUAAUGAAUUUUUGUACCCUUUAUCUUGGGCCUAAUGAUAAUAUUUUAAACAUUUUUAAAAUGAGAUAUAUCAUACAUACAGGAAAACAUCCAAAACAAAUACACAGCUCAGUAAGUUAACACAAAGCAAACAUCUGAAAAUCCAUCAUCCAUCAAGAGAUUGAACAUUGCCAGCACUCCAAAUUCUCCUUAAUAUGCCUCCUACUCACUAUUUUCUUUGUUCAAACAGGUAACUAUCAUUCUGACUUCAAACAAUGUAGUUUAGUUUUGCCUGCAUUUGAAUGUUUUAUACAUGGAUUAAUAUGUAUUCUUUUUAUGUCUAGCUUCUUAACGUUGCUUGUGAGAUUCAUCAAUCUUUGAUGUAACUAUACUUUUCGUUGCUGUAUAGUAUUCCAUUACAUGGCUAUAUUGCAGUUUAUCCAUUUUAUGUUGGUGGGUUUUGGGGAUGUUUCCAGUUUUGGGAUAUCAUGAAUCAUUCUGCUUGUAUAUUCUUUCUGGUACAUGUCUCUUGAAGUACAUAUGCCCUGGGAGUGGAAUUUUUGGGUUAUUUUACCAUAAUUCAGAGACCAGCAGAGCACCUAAAAGAAUUAGAGAUACUGCAAACUGAAGACAGAAGAUUAAAAGGGAAGGAGAAGCAUCUGAUGGUUGUCUUCAGUGUUUCGAUGUGCUCCAGGAAGGAAAAAGUGAAGAGAAUUCAUUGUUGGUCUCAGAAUUUAGAAUGACACAAUAGGUAGAAGCCAGGCUUAUGGCAGUGAUUCUCAACCUUGAACCAUGUGGGGGAACCUUAAGAAGUACUUAUGUUUGGGCUUCACCUUUAGAGAUUCUGAUGUCAUUGGUGUGAGGUGCUGCAUAGUCCUCAGGAUAACACAUUCUAGAGAGAUUUUUUACAGGAACUUUAAAAAGCUGAUAUUUUGAUUAAUCAGCAGCUUCAGUUUACUGGAAAAGAAUAUCUCAUUCCCUCAAACUGAUUGAGGUCUUGCAAAUUUUUAACUCUAUUUUGAAAAAAUUUCAAACCUACAGAACAAUAAAAGAAUAGUGUAAUGAACUCAUGUGUACUGUUUCAGCUAGACUUAAAAUAUUUAAUAUUUCCCCAUAUUUACUGUAUAUUUUUCUAAAUAUAUAUGUUGUGCCGUGA